CUCCUUGCUCUCCAACACAAUGGCAGGCACAACCGAACCCUUAACGUCAUCGCGCGCGAGGCCUUCCGCCUUUUCUUUUUUUUUACCCCAGCGAUCAUUUCCCCGACACAAGCAUUACAACUAAUACACCCUGACUCUGGUUAUCGAUACGCUUCCUCUGAGUCGCAUUAAAGACAACCAGCCGGCUCCAGUUUAAUCUAGUCGGACACUAUUAAGAUUUCCCCCUUUGACGUAUUCCUGACCCAAUCGACGGUUCCAGCUGCUCAAACUCGCAUACAAUUACCCGGGGAUCUCCCAAACGCAUCGAGCCGACCUUGAACCCAAUGACUCUCCUUGGAGCUUAGAGCUACAUAUUUGGCAUCGAACUGGGCAUCCUCCCGCGCGUGGACCCGGAUCUCCAUUUUUCCUUUUCUCUCACAUACCUCCUCCAGCGUCACAUGCAUGUCGGCCGGGGGCGAACACCUCAAGGAUGAGGGGUCGCGAGGACAAGUCGUCCUCGCAGGUGGAAUCGCGGGCCUCGUUUCACGAUUCUGCAUCGCCCCCCUGGACGUCGUGAAAAUCCGCCUACAACUCCAAAUCCACUCCCUCUCCGACCCAAUCUCGCACCAAAAUGUGACCGGACCAAUCUACAAAGGCACCCUAUCGACGAUGAAGUCGAUCCUCCGCGAGGAAGGUCUCACAGGCCUCUGGAAAGGCAACAUCCCCGCGGAACUCCUCUACCUAAACUACGGCAUCAUCCAAUUCACAACCUACCGCACAACAACACAGCUACUCUCGACGCAGCUCCCGACGCGCCUACCGCCCUCAGCCGAAUCCUUCAUCUCGGGCGCCCUGGCCGGCGGCCUCGCGACUUUCACGACGUACCCGCUCGAUCUCCUGCGCACGCGCUUCGCAGCCCAGGGCACGGAGCGCAUCUACACGUCACUGCUGUCGUCGGUGCGCGACAUCGCGCGACAUGAGGGACCGCGCGGGUUCUUUCGGGGUGGUAGUGCCGCCGUGGGCCAGGUGGUGCCGUACAUGGGGCUGUUCUUCACCACGUAUGAGGCGCUGCGGCCGGUGUUGGCGACUCUGCCACAGCAGGUGCCCUAUCUCCCCGGUGGGAGUGGGGAUGCGGCGGCCGGGGUGAUCGCCAGCGUGAUGGCCAAGACGGCUAUGUUUCCCCUGGAUCUCGUGCGGAAGCGGUUGCAGGUGCAGGGCCCGACCCGGCAGUUGUACAUCCAUCGCAAUAUCCCCGAGUCUCGCGGGGUCUUCAGUACGAUGGCCAUGAUCGUGAGGACGCAGGGCGUCCGGGGUUUGUACCGCGGAUUGACUGUGAGUCUGUUCAAGGCCGCGCCGGCUAGUGCGGUGACCAUGUGGACGUAUGAGACCUCGUUGCGCUUGCUCCAGGAAAUGGAGAUUGCUGCCGAUUGAUCGCGGAUUGCGGUCGGGGGCAGGCCUAGGUGGGUGGGAAUCGGAUGUACUAGACCUUAAAAACGGCAUUUAGAGCAGCAUUCUGUAAAUUAUCUCACAACGAACCUAAUAGACAUCAUUG